AUGAGGCACAAAUCUCCAAGAGGAGAAGAGAUGGUCGUUGCUACACUUCAUUGGGAGGCUUACAAGGCUAUAGACUUCUUGGAUAGAGUCGAACCCACUUCGAAGAAGCUUCUGGAGGUUGAGAUGCUUAAGGCUGAGACCAAUUUGGUUCUUGAGACUGAUAUGGUUGUUCAAAUUGAGAAGCUUGAGAUGGUUGAACUGGUUGGUGGGGAUGGUUAA